CGGCCCGGGGGCGGCGGGGCUGGUGGCAAAGGCGGCACCAUGAGCCACGCCGUGACCAUCUUGGAGCCCCAGGGCAAGCCGCAGGUGUCUCAAACCCGGUCCGUGUUGAGGACGGAGCCCAGGAGCAAGGUCUCCUCCAAUCGAGCGUAUGAUUUCCUAUACGAUCCAGUGUUCACUGUGUCAAGUGCGAAAGACCAUGCACAGGCAAAUAUCCAAGCCACUAUGGUUCGAAGCAGACUGAGAAAAUUUCCCAGGUUUAGAGCCAUGUUCAGCAACCUGAUCCAUUAUCCAAGAUAUUCCCUGUACUGGGCCAAGUCAGAUCCAGUCCCUGCAUUCAUCAGUCGGGAGUGGAGAGGAUUUGAUGAGCAACACAAAGGAGUUCUCCGCCAGUUUGCAGCAUCCCACCCUUCUUUUCAGACGCCCAAAGAAGUUUAUGAAGAUCCUGAAGUUACUGGAAGGAAUCGCUUCAAAUACUUUGAAAGGCCUUUUCUUCCAUAUUUUAAACAGAUGCCGCUCAAUGUUAUUUUUUCAGUAACUAAGACAGACCCAUUUUCUUUUGCUCCUCCCUCUACUAAGUACCCACCUGUCCAUUCCAAACAUACUGUGGCCACUCAGACUGAUUAUCGGGAUGCUGACGUUCAAACAGAUCCAUAUUCGCCAGAGUAUGUAGUCUGUCAAGACUCCAUCCCUGAGCUCCUGACUCUGGCAAGUCUUACUUGGGGUCGGGGUCUCCCAGCUGGACAAGCUGAGGUGGAGAUGAUAGAAAGGGCCCGAGAGAAGCGCAUUUGGGAAGCCACCCUUCCAUCUCUGAAUGACACGACCCAGCUUGAGAAGAGGAGGAAGAUGAUGAAUGCAAUGGAGAGGAAGGAGUGGGCUUUCAGGGAGCAGGAGAUUCAAAAACUGCAGGACAUUCGUCUGGAAGUUCUAAAACAGCUGCUGAGGAAACGUGAAGAGAAUCAAAAUGACGUGAACACACAGAACUUGAACGCCAAAUGGUCUAAACUGCAGGAAGCGAAGGAGGCAAAAGUGGCAAAAAUUCAACGCAGACACGUCGCAGCAAUCAGAAAACUUGUAGGAAAGGGAAAGAUUAUGGAAGGAAAAUUGGAGAGAAGAAAUAUCAUCCGGGAUUAUUCUGAUUAUGCAUCACAGAUCUAUGGGCCCCUAUCUCGCCUUGGUCGCUUCCCAGACAACAACUCAGAGAACUUUGUGGUCAAAAACCACUUUCUCAGUACCUAUGAAGGACUAGUGGAACUUGAGUCAUGUCUUCCAGACUUUGUGACACAACCCCGAAUCAGACCUCUAAAACCGAAAGUUAUUACCACCAAAGCUGGUUUCCUAAAGAGGGAAGCAAGGCUGGAACAUGAGUUGGUGGAGGUUCAUAAGGCACUAGUGAAUAAGAAGAAUAAGCUUCUUGAACCAAAAAAACCACUGCACUUCCUUCAAAGAAACCCAAUACCUCCACCCCGGCUUCCAACACCGACACUGGAAAUGGGCUCCAAUGAAGAAGAAGAGAUAGAGAUGGCUGUGAUCUUCCUUCAACAAUUAAUCCGGGGAAGAGUCAUUCAGAACAUGAUGUUUGAAGGGAAAGAAAAGCGGUAUGAAUUGAUCCAGGAGUUGCGCACUAGCCAUGCUCUGCAAGAAGACGACAGGCUGCUGAAGAAAGCUGAGAAGCAAGUGACCCUGGCCUUACAGCGACAGAGGAACCUGCAUGAGCACAAGGUGUUACUGGUUGAAAAUCAUUUGGCGGGACUGGAAGGCAGGGCGUUGGCAGACAUGUUCGACUUCCUGUCGAAAGAGCUGAUCCGCCUGCAAGAAGAGAGGCGGAUCCAUGCCUUCGCCAUGCUGGCGGAAAGGCAGAGGCGGAUGCGGGAGGCGGAAGAGAGCGGCCGGCGCCAGGUGGAACAAAGACGUCUCCGCGAGGAGGACCAGAUAUUCAAGGAGGUGAUUAAAAUCCACCAUAGUACUGUCACCUCCUACUUGGAAGACAUAAUACUGAAUACCGAAGAGAAUACUGCAGAUGAACAAGCUAGGGCAGAAAUUGAGAAGAUGGCUGAGGAGAUCAAUAACAUCGCUUAUGAAAUGGAAACCCAUCGAAUGCAGAAUCAGUCAGAGGAAAUUGUUGCUGAAUUGGUUUAUAGCUUCCUGAUCCCAGAGGUCCAGAAGGACUCUGUCAAAGAAAAAGUGAGGAAUGCACAGCGGAAGCACAUUCUUGCCGCCCACGAGGUCAUCCAUGAAUAUACUGAAGCCAUGCUCAAAAAGAGUGUUGCCAAGGAAGAGCGUGAUGAAGACCCCAAACCUGAAGAAGAGACUCGGCAGGAGUACUUCAGCUAAGAUUAUGAUUUUUUUGGAGAUGCUUUAUGGGUCAUCAUCAGAUUUCCAGUACCUUGUGCUUCUUCCAAGAUGUGCAAUCUUCAGAGGCUUGUCAAGGUGUGAUUCAUGAGGAAAGUGAUUUGUUUUCUUUAAACACCCAAUAAGUUGAAAAUAUUUUCAGUGAUAAUCAAAUGAAGGUACUUCAUCUUCUUUCAGUGUUUCUUAGACACUCUCCUUCAAUUUUUUUUUCUGGUCUCUCAUUUCAAUAUAUUGCUAACCAUGAGGAUAUGCUGGCUUGUUGAAUCAAACCGAAAGAAACGGGACUGAGUUACUUAAGUGAUUUUGCUUUGCUACUCAUGGUGUCUUAUCAUCAUUUACUAAGGGUGAAACUGUCCAUGCCCAUAGCCCUAGGUUCUGGAAGGCCACACAUGAGCCUAUCAAUCUGUCUCCUAGAUUGAUACCCAACAGAAAUGUAUAAGUAUAUGCAUCAAUCAGCAUGACAAAGAAUGAAUAGCAGUGCUACUCAUUAUGCCACCCACAUUGGAAACCGAAAAGUCCUUCUCUGUUGUAUGGAGAUAUAAAUUUAGUAUGGUCAUACAAUUAUACAUCAAAUCACCAUUUAGAAUUACAUCCACACAGCACCAGGGUUGACUAGAUUUCUUUUCAUUCAAAGAUCAACAAGUAGAAAAAAAAGAACAAGGGAACAAAAGUACCAACAACGAAACCAACACUUGGCCCAUGUUGUGAGGAAACUGCUGCUACGAACCAUCAUCCCUCUUCUCAGUUCUAGACCUUUAUAUACCAAUGUGGGUGUAGAGUUGUGUCUACAAAGCAGACUUGCGGUAGGUCUGUGCAGCCUGUUGUAUGGAGAAUCCUAGACUAGGUCAUCAGUAGAAUGGAGAAGGCCAAGGGGCACAUGAAUAAUUAAUAGUGAAUGGCCCAAGCUAGAACCCAUUUACCAUGAAUCAAGAGAGUAGCUUUGAGGGAAGGUUAGAUUAUAUGGAUUGAAAUUCUAGCAUGACUAAAUCUCACUAAACCUUUAGCUUCUGCAUCUCUGAAACAGUGUAACCAAACAAUGUAUUUAAUGGGAUUGAUGAGGGUAUGUAAUGAAUUAAUUUACACAAAAAUACUUGGCACCGCACCUGGCAUAUCAUAAUCACCCAAUAAGCAUCAAUCAGCUAUUUCUCCAACCUCUUUGGGGUAAACCUCAAAGAAGACAUGUGGAGCAUGCUUCUUGUUUUGAAGGCAAAAUGAACACCUACUGCUAUGUGCCAUGUGGCCCAGUGGGUGGCAAUAUCCAACCACGCGUAUGAGUUUCUCCAGCACAGAUGGGGAAGAUGAGAGGCAGGGAGCAGAUGAAUGUCUAACCGCUCCAGCCCCAAAGGUGAUGGGCGAGCAAUGAAUGUCCCAAAUUCUGGAAACCUGAGGUGUUGAGAAUAAGGGCUCUCUCUACCAGAGACCAGAGCAGUAAAGGGAAGCCAUAAAUAUUGUGCAGAACCACUGCAGAAUCUCCAAAAAGAAUACUUAACUAAAGUCAUUGAGGAAGGAAGCACAUUUUAUUACUGGUGUCAACUGUUGAGGAAACGGGAAGUGCGGGCUACGGUUCUUCUCAACUAUGGCUGUAGGUUAGAAUCACCUGAUGAAACUGAUUCUCGGGCGUCACCGAAGACUAGGGAAUAAGAAUCUUUGGGACCUGGGCGAGGAUACAUACUUUUUGACUCUCUAAGGUGUUUCACAUGCAUUCAAGGGUUAGGACCAGAGGCGUUUCCUUGAGGACCUGACCCUUCCUUGAACAUUAAUCGCCCAGAUGUGUCAUAGAAAAUAGGUCUUCAUUCCAGAUAUUAAUGGUCUUUAAAAUUAAAAACAAUUUUUUAAACCUCAGGAUUAUUUCUUUUUAACCUCAGGAUUCUUAAGGAAAACGAAUUUUGGAAGGAAACAAUGGAACUGAACACAAUCAUAGCACCUUGUACUUUGCCUGUAGAACACAUAUCGCACUGGGUGGUAGUGGCCUGUGUGAUCAUGUCUCCCACCU